AUGACUCGACCGAUAGAAGAGCAGCUUGACCAGGUCUCAACAACCACCGAGAAGCCCUCCGAGGCCAAGGAAGAUGAGACCAACUUACCAACGGGGACGCGACUGCUAGCUAUUAUUAUUUCUAUUCUGUUUGCUAUGUUUUUGGUUGCCUUGGAUCGUACUAUCAUUGCCACGGCAGUUCCCCGAAUCGCAAACCAGUUCAAUGCUCUUGACGAUCUUAGCUGGUAUGCAAGUGCAUAUCUGCUGACGAGUUGUGCCACCCAGCUAUCCUGGGGCAAGGUGUACACCUUCUACUCGACCAAGACCAUCUUCCUAAUCGCGAUCCUUAUUUUUGAAGUCGGAUCGGCGGUCUGCGGUGGCGCUCCCAACUCCAAAGCCUUCAUUGUGGGACGUGCGAUAGCAGGAAUUGGAUCGGCGGGCAUAUUUUCCGGUGCGACAGUGAUAAUCGCACAAAUCGUGCCGCUGGCCAAGCGGCCCAUCUACGUCGGGCUGAUGGGAUCGACCUUUGGGCUUUCGUCAAUCAUCGGACCUUUGAUGGGUGGUGCGUUCACAGACAACGUAACAUGGCGUUGGUGCUUCUACAUCAACCUACCUAUCGGUGGUUUCACCAUGGUCAUCUUGUUCCUUUUCCUGGCUGUCCCCCACAACCCCCAGCCGUGCACCUGGAAGCAACAGAUCCUCCGCCUCGAUCCCCUGGGCAGCGUGCUCUUCCUGCCCUCUGUCAUCUGCUUCCUGCUGGCCCUACAGUGGGGCGGUACAACCUAUCCCUGGAGCAACGGGCGCAUCAUCGCACUCUUCGUCAUCUCAGGAGUUUUGAUGAUCGCCUUUGUCGGCGUGCAGAUCUGGCUCAAGAAGGACGCAACGGUGCCACCUCACGUCUUCAAACAGCGCAGCAUCAUCAGCGGAGUCGUCUUUUCCCUAUGUGUAGGUGGUGGGCUAAUCUCUAUGCUGUACACGCUCCCACUCUGGUUCCAGGGCGUGCGCGGCACAUCUGCUGUGAAAUCCGGCAUCGACACGAUCCCUAUGGUGCUGGCCCUUGUUGUCGGAGCCAUUUUAUCUGGAUCAAUCAUCACCGCAACGGGAUACUAUGUUCCGUGGAUGUUUGUUGCGGCGAUUUUCAUGUCGACAGGCGCAGGAUUGAUGACGACCUUCAAGGUGGACACCAACCACGCCGCCUGGAUUGGGUACCAGGUAUUGUUUGGUAUCGGUAUCGGCACGGGAAUGCAGCAGCCCUCUAUGGCGGCGCAGACUAUUCUCCGUAAAGAUGAGGUCGCCAUUGGUAUCUCGCUCAUGUUCUUCGCGCAGUCUCUCGGUGGAGCUAUCUUUAUCGCUGUCGCUCAGUCACUCUUCCAGAAUUAUCUCAGUGCAAACCUACCCCACAUCCAGGGAAUUGAUGUGGCCAACAUCCUGGCGGCUGGGGCAACGGGUCUCUCUGAUACUGUCCCGGCUAGCAAGUUGGCCGAGGUUCUAGCUUUGUACAAUGAUGGCCUUCGGCGGUCGUUCAUUGUCGCCGUAGCGGUGUCCUGUCUGAUGAUUCUCCCUGCGCUGACGAUGGAAUGGAGGUCAAUCAAGAAGGAGAAAUCGUCUGCCACGGCUGCUUGA